CAAGUUAAACAUACAAAAUAUUUAACACAGUAUUGUUUUUAAGAACUUGUGUUUAGAUGUACCUGGUAUUUACUUUUGUACAUACUUCUUUAAAAUAUUAAAUAUGGGAAGCUCUCGUUCGUCGCGGAGCCCUUCAAAGCGACAUCAUCGUAAAAGCAAACAUAAAAAAAGAGGGAAAGACCGCGAUAGACGUAAAAAUGGUGCGCAUGGAAGUGAUCGGUCUGAAGAACAAUUACGGAAUACUAUAUCUAUUAGUAAAAAAACUAAAUGCAAGGACUCUAUAAACCAUUAUGAAUUUGAAAAAGAUGUUCGGAGAACUAGGCACUCAAAAUAUAGGUGUUCAUUAAAACAGACGUGUGUAGCCAAUAGUUCUAGUGACAGUCAAGAUUCGGAAGACUAUUACAGUUAUAGUGUUGAAAGAAAACGUAAACGACUGAAAGAAAUUGAAGCAGAUCGUGACGAAGAAGUCAACAGAAUACGACGUCAGGAAGAUGAAGAGCGGCAGUUAAUUAAGGACGAAACGAGUAAGCGCAUUGAGCUGUUGGUUAAAAAACGUGUAGAAGAAGAGUUAAUAAGGCGGAAAGAUGAGAUUGAAAAGGAAGUACUGCGUCGAGUAGAAGCUGCCAAAUCUGAAAUGGAGAUGGAACUGAUGUUCGAACUGGAAAAGCAACGUGAGCAAAUUCGCGAAGAAGCACGACAUCGAGAGGAAUUCGAGAAAAAGAAAAGAGAGGAGCUGGAAGAUAUAUUUGCGGAAAACAACCGGAGAAUAGAAGAAGCCCAACGGAAAUUGGCUGAAGAACGAUUAGCUAUGAUAGAAGAGCAGCGACUCAUGGAAGAAAAACGACAACGAAUGCGUAAAGAAGAAGAAAAGCGUGUCAAAGAAGAACAAAAAAUGAUACUAGGAAAAAACAAUUCGAGGCCGAAGCUCUCGUUCUCUCUUAAACCUGGGGCCUCGUGAUUUAAUUUAAUUUAAUUAUGUUACUACCUUAAGUUUUAAUUUAAAUAUUUCAUUAUUAUAGUAUAACUACAUAGAAUAAAAUAUGCAAUAAUAUA